UACUGCUGCAGUGCUUGUUGUAGUCAUUCAUUACUGCUGCAGUGCUUGUUGUAGUCAUUCAUUACUGCUGCAGUGCUUGUUGUAGUCAUUCAUUACUGCUGCAGUGCUUGUUGUAGUCAUUCAUUACUGCUGCAGUGCUUGUUGUAGUCAUUUAUUACUGCUGCAGUGCUUGUUGUAGUCAUUCAUUACUGCUGCAGUGCUUGUUGUAGUCAUUCAUUACUGCUACAGUACUUGUUGUAGUCAUUCAUUACUGCUGCAGUGCUUGUUGUAGCGCUGAGUGGAAAUAGGAAGAACACUCAUUUUAUGUCUUAUAAAAGUGUUGAAUACAAAGUGUUGACAGUGCUGAGUAAGAACUUAAACAUAAACUCACUCAUAAAAACAACAGCUCUUUGCUGUAUUCGUUGACAGUCUCUCUCUAGUCAUGGUUUUAAACGUUUUGAAAUCUCACAGUAUCAACUUUGCUGUAGCUUUCUUUAUGCCUGCUACGUUACUGACGACUCUGUCAUCUGAGCAAUCUGAUUGGCCAGCGGUAGACCUAUAGUGCAUUUGAUUUGCUCUCUGGGCUUGCCGGGAAGAAAAAGUUUGUACCUUCAGACACUUGAAAUGGUUCAAAUGGCAACAGUUCGCCUACCCGGGACUCGGGGCAGCUGAAUCGGGUGCUCCUAUCGCCUCAGAAAUAUAGGAACACAAGGCUUUAUCGUUGUUGUUUUUUUACAGAAAUGUUUGGCCAUCGACUAGUAAUGCCUUGGAAAUCGAUUAGUAAUGCCUUGGAGAUCGACUAGGAAUGCCUUGGAGAUGGACCAGUCAAUCUUGAUCGACCGGUUGGUGACCACUGCUCUAGAAAGUUGAGUAACGUUCAACCUCGUGCUUCUCUCUGUGGGCUGAUAUUUCUUCUGAGUGGCAGUCCCAGGGGAACUGCACGGCAGUCUCAGGGGAGCUGCACGGCAGUCUCAGGGGAGCUGCACGGCAGUCUCAGGGCUACUGCGCACCAACACACGUGCUCAGUUUAGAGGGAACAUUGUGUCACUGUGUCUGUAACAUGGUCUAACCGAAGACCUAUAAGGUGCCUUGACAAUUGAGCACUAAUUCAUUUCCAAAUAGUUUAUUCAUUAUUUAUUCUAACAGUAGCCUACAAUAGGCUACUCUGUUCCUGUUUUGAACAUUCCACUGGGAUAGGUGUAAAUCUUCUCCUGUGUUGUUUUCCCUCUCAAGAUAAUGUCCUAAAACAGCAGACAUUAGCAUGAUGUUACGGUACAGGAGCUUGUCUGUUCCACACUGUGAGAUGGGCUAUUAUGUGAGAGUUCCUCACAAGUUGGAACCACUCCACUUUCUCACCCCAGAUCAUGCACACACAUUCCAGGCCGGCUUGGCCUGGGGAAAGAGGGUUGUGGUCAGCUGGUCUCGAGACAGAAUGAGGCUUGAUUCAACAAUAUUAUCCCAAGCAUGUGAUGGUAUGGGGAGGGGAGCAGAGAGGGGAGAGAGAGGGUGUGGGCAAGUGGAAGUUAUAUUGUCAGUUGACAUUACUCUUUCUGUUCCCCGGACACUGCGUUACUAACUUAUACCACGUGUGACCUGGCUGGACCUGCUGUGUGACUAUAGCCGGCUGCAGUCACCUCUUCACCGUGUGCUUUGGUUAGUCUGGCUGUGUAGUGAGCUCUUGGGUGUGGUAGUUGAACAGUCAUGGUUCUUCUGGUUGUGUUGGGUAGCCUGCUCCAGAUGCUGUUCCUGCGGUCGUGUGUGGGCCAGUUCCCCCGGCCUUGCGCCAACACAGAGGCGCUGCGUACCAAGCAGUGCUGCCCGGUGUGGGAGGGGGACGGGUCGGCCUGUGGAGCCACGUCGGGCCGAGGGUUCUGUCAGGACGUGACGGUAUCGGAGGAGCCCCACGGGCCACAGUACCCACACACUGGGAUAGACGACCGAGAACGGUGGCCGCUGGCUUUCUACAACCGCACAUGCCAGUGUGCAAGUAACUAUGGGGGUUUCGACUGUGGAGAGUGCAGGUUCGGCUACUUUGGCCCCGGGUGUGCCGAGCAGCGGGAGUCCGUGAGGAGGAACUUCCUCUCGCUGUCGGUGGCAGAACAGCAGCGGUUCAUCUCCUACCUGAACUUGGCCAAGAACACCGUCACCGCUGACUAUGUCAUUGUCACAGGAACUCGCGCUGAGAUGGGUACAAAUGGGGAGAACCCAAUGUUUUCCGACGUGAGUGUAUACGACCUGUUUGUGUGGAUGCACUACUACGUGUCCAGGGACACACUGCUGGGGGGACCAGGAAAUGUUUGGCCGGACAUAGACUUUGCGCACGAGUCUGCGGCGUUCCUGCCAUGGCACCGAGUGUAUCUGCUGCACUGGGAGCACGAGAUCAGGAAGAUGACUGGGGAUUUUAACUUCACCAUCCCAUACUGGGACUGGCGGGAUGCAACAGACUGUACGGUGUGCACGGACAACCUGAUGGGUGGGCGGAGCCUGCUUAACCACAACCUCAUCAGCCCCGGCUCUGUGUUCUCUUCAUGGAAGGUGAUCUGUACCCAGCCAGAGGAGUACAACAGCAGAGCAGCACUGUGUCCCGGGACAGGGGAGGGGCCUCUGCUGCGCAACCCUGGUAACCACGACCCUAACCGUGUGAGGCGUCUGCCCACCUCGGCCGACGUGGAGUUUGUGGUGGGUAUAGAGACUUACGAGACGGGAGCCAUGGACCGCCAAGCCAACAUGAGCUUCAGGAACUCCCUGGAGGGUUUUGCGAGUCCUGAGACGGGGAUGGCUAUAACAGGACAGAGUACGAUGCACAACGCCCUCCACGUCUUUAUGAACGGAACCAUGAGCUCAGUACAGGGCUCAGCCAAUGAUCCCAUCUUCCUUCUGCACCACACCUUCAUAGACAGUAUCUAUGAACAGUGGUUGAGGAGACACACGCCGCCUCGCUCCCGCUACCCAACAGCCAACGCUCCGAUUGGUCACAACGAUGGUUACUACAUGGUUCCCUUCCUGCCUCUCUACCGCAACGGUGACUACUUCCUGGGCAACAAGGUCCUGGGCUACGAAUACUCCUACCUGCUUGACCCAGGCACGAGGUUUGUCCAGGAGUUCCUGACUCCCUACAUGCAGGAGGCCCAGCUGAUCUGGCAGUGGCUCCUGGGAGCAGGACUCAUCGGGGCCAUCCUGGCAGGCAUUGUCAUGACGACCGGGGCCCUGUUUGUCAGGAGGCGGAGCCAGAACAGGAAGAUGAAGUCGACUUCAUCCUUUGGGGAGAGACAGCCCCUCCUACAUAGCAGCUCAGAGGAAGGAUCAGGGACCUCCUACCAGACCACACUGUAAUACACACACACACACACACACACACACACACACACACACACACACACACAAACACACAUACACACACACACACACACACACACACACACACACACACACACACACACACACACACACACACACACACACACACACCAGAGACAUUUCAUUCCAAUAUGCCUCAUUCUGCUGCUCUUGAUCUGGGGGUUAAAUCUGACACGUAUGAAACAGAAACCAAUAGGUUCUAUUUAUUAGGAAGAUGUUCAGUGACAAACGUCCAACUAAAGUCCAAUUGCAGUCCAGUCCUGAGUCCCUUUCAGGACCACAACACUACAGUCAAACUGUAUGGGACAGGUAUUUGGGUCUGUUAGUGUUGGUUUUGUUUCCACACAGUGCUGUCUAUGUGUCCCAGUUCCCAUUCCCUCCCCUAUCUCCCCGUCCUUCCCCUCUCCCCACUGCCAUGGAGAUGCUAGUGCUAUGGGGGUGUUGCACUGUGUACUGUUGAUACUGUGUACUGUUGAUACUGUGUACUGUAUGAUAUUGUGUACUGUAUGAUACUGUGUACUGUUGAUACUGUGUACUGUUGAUACUGUGUACUGUUGACACUGUGUACUGUUGAUACUGUGUACUGUUGAUACUGUGUACUGUUGAUACUCUGUACUGUUGACACUGGGUAUUGUUGAUACUGUGUACUGUUGACACUGUGUACUGUAUGAUAACUAUGCCACUGUGAGAACCAGAGGGCAAAUUAAUAAUAUACAUUUAAUUUGUAUAUGGUGCAUUAAAUCCAUCUUGAUUAAAUGUGUGUGUCCAGGAUAGUUGUGUCUUGACUGGCUGUGGAAAGACAGGUUGGCAGAAACAGACAGUGCACACAUAGUUAACAUGUAGUAACCGUGUAGUAACCAUGUAGUAACCAUGUAGUAACCAUGUAGUAACCAUGUAGUAACCAUGUAGUAACCAUGUAGUAAC